AUGUUAGAGACAAAUUCUCAGUAUACGGUGAUGGCUCGUGCGAGACGUGUCCUAAGAAGGAUGAAACUCCUUAUUCUUUGUGUAAUGAUUUACGGGUUGAUGGCGGAGAGUACAGAGGAAGUCUUGUCACUCGGCCGGUGGAAGCAGCAGGUUAUUGCGCCGGAGUUCCUAUUGAACAGUCGCGAGGAUAUCUCCGAGAGCAAUCGAGAUACGUUCCUCUAUGGGAACAAGCAUAACUUCCGUCCCGAGGGACUCGACGAGUUCAAACGAAUCACCAACGUCGAGAAUAUCGGCGUCGAGUUACAGCCACGUCUUGCAACGAGAUCUUUGUCAUGCAUCUGCGAAACGCAAUACGAAAUAAAGGAUUUGGGCGAUGGACAUUAUCCGAGAUACCUGACCGCGUCGAGCUGCAUGCCGAAAACCUGCCUGAGCAAGUUCAAUUCCUGCAGAUUGCUGCACUACAUGAUUCACGUGUUGAGCCAACGCGAAUUAAACGAUGACCGUUUCUCGCACGAUAAUGAUCUUCAGGAAACACCACUUCCGGAAGCUCUCCGUCAUAAAUGGCAACUGAAGCCUAUGAAAAUCCCAGUUGCAUGUGUGUCAACGACAGGAUAG